ACUGAUUUAACCUUUAUUUGAACAGGUUUUAUAAAUCUAAAUUAUAAAUAUAAAAAUUUUGUCGUAAUUUAUCGGAGUAAUCUGAUAAAAAUGACUCAAGUUUUAUGUAAUGUAUUUCAUAGGACAGUAUUUAAACAAUUAGAGGAGAAGCUGCGGGGUUUAACAAUUACUAACAAUGAAAUUAUAAGGAAUAAGUAUGCUCUUGCUAGGCCAAAGUUAAGAAACCCCAUUUGGCUUACUAAAAAACAUAGAUCUUUAGAACCAAAUUUUUUGACAAGCGAAAAUAAAGAAUUUAUAAAAGAAGUAGUUACAGAUAAAUACAGUGUAAUUAAACCUGAAACCCCUAUUAACACAAAUAUAGAAUGGACGGAUAAAAUGAAGAGAACUGGUUUAAUUGGCAGAAAAAUAGGUAUCUACCCAUUAUGGCUGAAAAAUGGCAAAAAAAUACAAACAACUUUGAUUCAGAUACUAGAUAAUCAUGUUGUGAAAUAUAUUCCACCUGAAGAGUACAAUCCUCCAAGGCAAAGGGUGGAAAAAAUUUAUAACAAAAAAGGAUGUUUACUGAUAGGAGCAGAAGCAGCCGAUCCUUCCAUAUUUACUAAGGAAUAUUGUGGAAUAUUCAAACACAGUGGAGUAAUUCCUAAAAGAAUAUUGGGUCGUUUUUUCGUCAGUCCUGAUGCUGUGUUACCUCCUGGAACUUUAUUGAAUGCAUUACAUUUUCCUGUUGGUCACUACGUAGACGUCAGGGGUAAAACUAUUGAUAGAGGCUUUCAAGGAGUUAUGAAGCGACAUGGAUUUAAAGGUAUGCCAGCAUCUCAUGGUGUUACAAAAACUCAUCGAAGAGGUGGUUGCGUUGGUGGCGGUGGAGCAAAGGGACGAAUCUGGCCAGGUACAAAAAUGCCUGGUCAUAUGGGUAACAGAUAUCGAGUAGCCAAAGGUUUGAAAAUUUGGAGAAUUAAUACAAAAUACAAUGUUUUAUAUGUAUCAGGGCAGGCAAUUCCUGGGGGAACUAAUGAUGUAGUCUACAUAUACGAUAGUAUUUUGCCAACUAGAAAACCUGCAGGUCCUUUACCGUUCCCUACUUACCUAAUGAAUGAUGAAGUUGCUGAAGACAUUUAUGACAAAGAAAUACAUUUGUUUGAAGAACCCAGUGUAAUGUUUAAAGAAACAGAAUAAAUUUAUGUAUUCUAAA